AUGUGCUUUUCAAUUUUUCCAACGAAUGAAGAACGAAGUGAUCGACUUCUUGCCCCAGCUGGGGCUCUGGAGCGCUGCUCCGAGGCGGUGGAUGGAGGGUGCCAGGCACGACAUCAAGAGUUCUGCAGCCAGGGCCUGGGACAACCUCCCGCUCCACCUCCCCGGAGCCUCGCAGCCAGCGCCCCAGUGGCCCGUGCGCCCCGGCCAGGCUGGACCUCAGCGCUGUGGCGGCCGCAGACCUCACCUGAGCAGGCCCGGGGCUGUCUGGGUCCAGUCCGCAGGACCCCCUCGCGAGUGCUGACGCAGAAUGGAGUUGAGGUCGGGGCAGCGCUGGACCCCAGGGCCCCUGCCUGCCUCCUGGGGAGCUCGGUGACCCAGGCAGCCCUGAGGUUCAGCCUGUGUAAACCGAAGCAGCUUCUGGCCAGUCCCAGCCGCGGCCCCUUUAAGAGGGGGCGGGGCUUCAGCCUGGCACGAGGGACGCUGCCAGCGUGCAGGCCCCUACGGAAGCCGAGACUGCGCUUCGUGCGAGGCCCGGGCACCAGCGGCGGCGUGGUCAGAGCGAGCCUCGCAGAAGCUGCGGUGGUUUCCGUGUGUUGGUGGAGGAACAGGCAGGUGUUGGUGGAGGAACAGGCAGAUCUCGGCGGUUUUUCCACAUGGCUGCAAAUGACUAGAUUUCACCCAUUUCUAUGGUUGAAGAAUAUUCCAUUCUGGAUGUAUAUUGCAGUUUCCUCAUCCCUUCAUCAAUGGAUGAACAGGGUAACCCAGAGAAGAGAGCCAAAGUGGAAUGUGGGGUCUACAUUCUACAACACCAGGGACAGAGCAACUAUGGAUGAAGAGGGCUACAUCUGGUUCCUGGGGAGGAGUCAUGACACUAUCAAUGCCUCUGGGAGCGUCAGCCAUGAACCUCGUGAUGGGUGUAUCACUUCUCCCCUAUGAAAGCCACAGAAACCAGGGAAGGAGAGACCCUCAAAAGAACUUGACCUGGCAGACCGCGCCCUCCCUAAGGCUGCUUCAACCACAGAGUCCCUGGGGUUGCUCCAUGAGGAAGCAGGACACAGGACAGGGAGCUAUAAGACCUUCCCACUGCUAUCCCUGCCCUCGCGAAUGGCCUUUGCACAGCCUGGGUGCUGUUUGCCAAUAAAACGAAGUGAAAACAACA